GAUUUAGUAACCGUGGGCUUUGGCCCUUCAAUCCAGAUAUUGUUGUUGAUCCCUUACAAGCAAAAUUUGAAGCUCAAAUGGAGCAAAAUAUCACAAAUGGAGGGGUCCUCACUGUAAAGGAUGCGAAUCGAGCCAUUAAAAAGCGUGCUACGAAGGAGGAAUUGAGGGCUGAAAAGAAGAGGCUCAAAGAGCUACAAAAUGCGCCGCUGGGAUCAAUGCCUCCCCCGCUCUCAGCAAGUGACGAGGCGGCCCUUGAUUACGACGAGUGGAGGAAUAUGGUUGACCCGUUUACCCUCGAUCGUCUGAUCAAAGAUUAA